AUGAAAUAUGAAAAAACUCAAUACACUUAAGUUUAGAAAUAACUAAGCAACGAAUCUAAAGAUCUGUAAGAAAGACUUGAGUAUAUCAAGAAGGCCAUUGAAAAAUACCAAUAUAAUAUUCAAAAAAAGGAUUUAUCAGCUCAUUAGGCUUCAAAUCUAAAAAGAGGAGUGGAGAAUAUAUUUUCACAAGAAAUGUUAAAAAUGGUGAUCAAGCAUACACCUACCACAGAGGAGAGUUUUAUUGAGUUGUAUAAAAGAUACUUUGGAGAGGAAGAAGAUGAAAAUGGGGAAUGUGAAUUUACUUUAGAUUAAAAAAAGGAGGUCAAAAUAUUUACUGAAUGCGGAUUCACUUAGAUGGUGGUAGACGAGAUCGCACAUUUUAUUUAAAUGGAGUAGCAUAUCAAUAAAAUACAGAGUUAAGCUAUUAGUCCAAAGCAGAAAGCUACUUAAUAAUCAUAAAAAUCUAUCAAAGAAUCAGCCUGGGAAAUUACUCAUUCUCAAAGCCAAAGCAGUAGUAGAAGCAGUAAUGCAUUUGAUUAGCUGUUUUCUUAAUAAUUAUCAUCCAAUUAUAAUGAACAAGUAAUCUAAAGAAAAGAUAAACCUUGUAUAUCAGACAAUAAAGUCUAAGUGCAUUAGGAGAUAAUUGUAGAAGAUGAUGAUGAUGAUGAUAUUUUGUUAAACUGCUUCUAAAAAGAAGAUUUGAUGACCAGUUAAAGUGAUAACCUUGAUGCUCUUGAUCUUGAAUAAUAUAUAUCUGAUUGA